CGCAUUCGUCAUCAUUUUUUUUAAUAUUAUUAUAAAACACAUCGAGUGCACGCGCGUCGUCGUCGUCGCCGCCGUUAUAAUAGACCUCACCGAAGCUCACGGUUGUAUAGUACGACGAGGAGGAGGAGGAGGAGGAGAGGAGAGGAGGACAGAGAACGAAAUUAAAAAAGAAGACAGAAGGAAGGAUAAAAAAGAAAUUCAGUGAUUCGCAUUGUUUCAUAGGGGCGAGAGAGAGAUCUCGCUCGGUUCUCAACUCGGCUCGUCUCGCUCGUCGUCGUCGUCGCCAAUUUAUAAUAGGAGUCGACGGGAUCGUCAGUCAGUCAGCAGUAGCAGCAGCAAUAGAAGUAUAUAUCUGCUGCACUCGCAUACACAGACGGACAUAGAGAGACGUAUAUUAUACAUAUACAACAAACACGUACUACACCUUUUCACGCACCACAGUGGUAUCCCAAUGUUGUCUGGCAAUGGUGUGUAAGGAGAACGUGGUAUCAUGGUUUGGAAAUCUGUCCAGUUAUAAGCGCAUAGAUGUGAUGUGCACUCUGCUCAACAUGUGCUUACCAUUUGAAGUGCGGUAUCUGGGGGCUUGCAUAGAAGACCUGGGCAAGCGGGACUACACAACUCUCAGAGAAACUGAGAAUCGUGCCAAUACACCCUCGGAUCUGACUGAUUUGUCAAACAGUGAUCUGAUAGACAAGCAUACGAGGAGAAAAUUGGCUCUGUACAUGGCAUUGCUGCACACCUGCAAUCAUGCGUGCGCAGUCAUCAUGUACAAAAAUUUGUCAAAUUUCGAUCCGGACGAGAUGCUCACCAAAAUGCUCAAUGGGACCAAUUUUUCACGAGAUCACCAGCCCCUGGAAGAGUUACUUUUAAUCUACACCAUGGCUCUCAAUCAUCCAGCUUUCAAUUAUCAACAGAAGAGCACCAUAGCAGACAUCUUUCUCAAAUUGAGGGAGGAAGAGACACGCUUGGGUGUUAACAAAAAUGGGCCUGUAUCAUACAAAACUGUUCAAGGCUGCGUACCUUGUGUAAAUCAAAACGAAUCAGAGCUAGUGGUGACUCAUCCACCGAUGCAAACCAUUCAAGUACUGCACGAGUUUCCCGAAGAGAUGCACAUGCGUAACAGCGCGCUGAUGGCCCAGGGAAUGCCACCGCCGCAGGCCGCAGCCGCAGCAGCGAUCAUGCACCAGCAUCCGGGUGGCGGCAUGGCCGUGCUACCGGUGCCGACCGAGCAGAUCGCGUCGAUGGCAGCAGCAGCAGCACCACCGCCGCCGCCGCCGCCGCCACAGGCCGCGGGUCAGCCGCACUACCUGCCGGUGGGCUACGCCACGAUGGCACCAAUGGCGCCCUGGCCCUUGAUGCCGCACAAUCAUCAGAUCGUCUAUCAGGCGGCCGCCCCGGUGGCGGGGACGGUGACGGCGGCUGCGGGCGAGAUGGUCCCGGCGCCGCCGCCGCCGCCACCACCGACGGCUGCUGCUGCUGCGGCCGCCUACUCGCCACUCGUCAGUCAGCAAUCGUCGCCGACGCACUCGCAGAGCCACAGCCGAAGCAGUUCGCCCACGGUCGCGUUGCAGCAGCGUAACAAGGUCAACGGCCCGCCACCGCCGGCGUCGACGUCGACGGCCACGGGAGUCUCGACAACGCCUACGUCACAGCAGCAGCAACAAUUACAACCGAGAACAUCGACUCAGCCUACCUCGAAUACCGUGACGAUCUCAACCUCUAGUUCUAGUUCAAACGUUCAAACGAACAUCACAAACUCGUCGGCUAUGGGCACGACGACGUCCUCCAUGCCCGUGCUGCCGUCGAUGAGCUCGAACAGGGCGCCACAGUUGCCGCCGUUGAUGCCGUCGAGGCCGCUCGUUCCUUACAAUGGCAGAUACAGCGGCGAGCACAUACCCGCGGUACCGCCGGCGACGAUCGCGUCGACCUCGACGUCGACGCCGACGACGAUGGGCCCGCCGCUGGGCGCUAAAGCUCAACAGGCGCCGCCCAGACUCAAGCCCGCCCUGGCCAGCGAGACGGGAAACAAGGAGAUGCCCAAUUUCAAGGGCAACUUCCAGAACUAUUCUAAGAACGAGAUUCGGAGACUGAGCAACGAAGAUGUAUCGACCGACGGCGUUACGUUUAACGGCCCGAUCGCCAAGAGCCAGACCAAUGGCGUCGACAGCAGCAGCAGUAGUAGUAGCAAUAAAAAUUUCGACGGCCCUAACAGCGUCGUCUCCUCGUCGUCGUUGUCGUCGUCGUCGUCCGCCGACGCGACGUCUCACGAGAUGAGCGAGGUGAUGAACGUCGCUGGCAAUAAUAACGAAAUUGGUUACGUGCGUCGUAAUAAAGCCAUUGCGAAACGUUUACCGAAUUUCCAUUUUCAGACCAUGCCCGUUGUUGAGAGCAGCGUUGGCGAGGCGCUGAACGGUGGCAAAACCUCCGCUGCUGUUGCCGCGAAUAUAGCUGCAGCGGCGGCGGCGGCGGACCCGACGAGCAUGCACAAUUAUCAUCCGCAGACGCAGCAGCAACAGCAACAGCAACAGCAGCAGCAGCACAAUAUGAGGCGAGGUGGUGGCGGCUACGCGAAUCAUAUGGAGCAGCAGCAGCAGCAGCCGGCCCAGAUACAGAUGUUUCACGCGACGCCGACGACGCUGUAUCCAGCGCACAACGCGUGCUACAACUGCUUCACACCGGUGCCCGUCGGGGUUCCGAAUCGCUACACCAAUCGAAGUGGCGCGCAGCAGCACUUUUACUGCUUGACUCAGCUUCAAGGGCUGCGCCUCGAAGAUAAUUGCAAUAGAGUCGAGAAAAAUAAGUAUCACUCGCCAACGACGGAGAGCCCGAGCAGUCAUUCGCCACCGGUCACGCCGCCAGCCACGAAUUGGCAGGAGAACAACAUUCAGGGAAACGUCGAUAUGUCGAUGCAACAGCAACAGCAGCAGCAACAUCAAACAGUUCAUUCCAUUCCGUCGAAUCAGCAACAACAGCAGCAAGUACCACCGGCGCCACCGUCGGGCGUGGAUCGAGGGCGAGGAUCAUCGGUAUCGAGAAAGAAUCAGUCACACAUGAUCGCGCGGCACAAAACGUCGACGACGUCGAGCGGUGGUGGAGCACCCGCACCGCCUCCCACGCAGAUGAUGAACGGGGUCGCGAGCGGUCAGCAGCAGCAGUCCGGCGGCGGAGCGCCCCCGCCGAGCAAUGCGCCGAACGCGGGGGGAGCACCGAUGCAGCCUCCACCGCCGCCGCAGUACGUGACGGGUCCUCCUCCGCCCGCGGGUGGUCCAGGCGCGCCCUCGCCCACCCCGAUGAGUCCGGCUUAUCUGGCGCACACGGGACACUUCACGACUCUGAGGCCCGCUACGACCGGUAUUUAUACGAAUUUCACGCACGCGUACGCGCGACCGGCACCGGGCUACCCGACGCUGGCCUAUCAGCACAACGGCGAGAUGUUGUAUCACUUUCCACCACCCGGAAAUAUCCCACCAGGCGGCCAUCCGGUGACGAACGCGCAGCAACAACAACAACCGCCGCAACAGACGAACGUGCAGCAGACUUCGCCCGGGCAGCAGCAGCAGCAGCAGCAGCAACAGCAGCAGCAACAUCAGCCACCGCCGCAGCAGCAGCAGCAACAGCCACACAUUUUCGUUCCAUCGGUUCCCGUCACGUAUGCUCCAGUUAAUUCCGCGCCGCCAACGAUAAUGCAACAGCAGCAGCAGCAGCAACAACAACGAAAGGAGCCGAUAUCGCCGACACCGAUGUCACAGCCAGUGAGAAUAUCUUGUUACAAUUGUGGGAGUAACGCCCAUUUAGCCCAAGACUGCACCGAGGUGACGAUGGAUACGCUUACGAAACAAGCUACCUACAAAUUAGAUUAUGCGUCGGGGAAGCCGAAAUCGAGUAACGAAAAGAACCAAAGCUCUGACAAGUGAUCCCCCGCUGUGGACCAGCUGGCCCGGUUAGAGUCCUUCUUUGGUUCGGAGAAGGCAGUUGAUUAUGACAGCAAGGCAGUCGCAGUAGUGGCCGCCGCAAUGACAGCAUAAUCAUCCGCAUCGUCCUCUCGUCGUCGUGGUACUACUCUACCCUCCUGCGAUCGACGUUCAUCGCCGCAGCCGAACGAAACGUUUGCAGCGAUCAAUCGCCAUCGUCAAGGAGGUGGCGCCUUUUUCAGCGCCCGACUCGAAUGUUAUUACUGACGAAUUCCGUGAAUUGCAUUGAUGUACGAAAAAAAGGCGCACUUUUACUCCGAGGAUUCGUUUACGGAGUUUGUAUUUAAUUGUUGAAAGCGAAACUCUUUAGUCUUCAUUGAAUGUAUUUAUAUAUGACACAUAAUGUAGAUGCUUAUUCUCUUACGCUAACUAUUCUCAUUUUUUACUAACUUCUCCAACUACUUGAAGAUGAGAGUUUGUGAAAUUGCGAAGCUCGUGAAAUCAUGGUACAAGCAAUUAGUUGUGAAUACUUUUUACCGUGUUCUUAUUUAUACGCGUAUUAAUGAUAUUGACGAUUAUUUAUCAUCGAAUUUUAUUGAUUACUUCAUUAAUUACUGCUAUUAUUAACGUAUAACAAAUAUUCGCGAUACUCGUGUACAAUGGCGUUUAUUGAAGUGUGCACGGUAUGUGAAAACCAGUGAUUAUAAUUUAUUUUUUUUUGUUUAUGCUAAUUAAUUUUUGUGAAUGAAAUCAAUUUAUGCCGGGAAAUGCCGUACGGGUGUAACGAGGCAUUUUCGUAACUAAAUUGUUCGUGGUUGUGUUUGCCGCUAAUGUCCGAUUGAUUCGAAAUGGUUAUGUUGAUUAUUUUUUUGUUGCUAUUUGUUGUGUGUGGAAUCGCGAUCAAUUUAUUUUUUUUACCAGUGAUAUUAAAUUGAGAUUGAAGCUCGUUAAAACGUGUAAUUUGAAAAUUAUUAUAAAAUCAAUUCGUAAAUUUAGCAGAAGACGUGUAUUGACACGAUAAAUGAACUUUCUUGCUGCAAUCAUCAUUAAUGCGUCUUUAACGUGGAGAAUGAAUUUGUUGACCACAUCAAGGCUAUUGAUUUUUUGAAUGAAUUUUUGUACAUACAAUUUUAAAUGAAUGAUCUGAUUUUUCAUAAGUCGGAUGUUUGGAUGAAUUUUUAGCCUCUUACAAUGUACGACACUGUUGAGCGCGAUUUGUUUGCUUUUUCUUUGCAGAGCAAUAAAAAUGACCUGAAAAUCAUAAUGAAUUUGAAAAAAAACGAUAAAUGUUAUAAAUAAAAUGAAAUGAAAAAAAACGUACAUGUGUUAACUGACGAAGCAAUGUAAAAGCUAAUAGAAAUAUUGCGCGCCUUACGUUUAAUUCGUUAAAAAGUGCGCUCAUUGAAUAAAAUGAUAAUUUUGUAAAAUGAUAGUUUUAAUUCUCCGUUUCAAAACUCCAAUUAAAGGUAAAUGGUAAUAUAUAAAUAUGUAUUACUGGCACGACUUCCACCUUUUUUAAAUGUCGCUUAAGAAAAAAAAAUUAAAAAACAUUUUCUACUAUGCUCUUUUGAAAUUAAAGUAAAAAAUUGUUACAUUCAGUACUAUUUUACUAAAAAAGAAAAAUUUGGUGUAUGUUGUACAUGAAUAUUAUUCACACGUUCUAACACAUUAUACACGACUGUAUAUUUUUCAAUUCUUUACUUAUUGAGUAAAACCACAAGUGUUCGAUUAUCUUAUAUAGCUGCCAUUAUCAAACUUCUUUGUGUUUACUGUAAUACGAAUUAAAAAAUGAACGCGACAAGAUUAUGAUAAUAAAUACUUCUAAUUAAGACAUCGCUGAUACAGCAAUUUUUGCAAAGUCUAAGUGUAUAUAUUUGAAUGUCGUAGUUUAAUAUAUUCUGUUUACAAAAAAUUGGUCACCUAAAAAACAACAAAAAUAACAAAAAAAAAGUAUGAAACAAAGAGUCGUCCAUUGGAGAAAUUUUAGUAAUUUUAUACUGAAAGCUUUAUCUUGUUCAACCUCGUCUAUUAUAGCGCAGAGUUUUUUUAAACUAUAUAUAGAAAGGUACAUGAAAAUAAGGCUAAAAUAUUUAUGCUUUUUACAACGUUAUCGAAUCUCGUUGUUAUACUGGAUAAUAUUAUUGUAAACUAUCAUGAACGUAAACAAAUUUUGUAGUAAAAUGUGAAAAGGUAAAUCGUUUUCGCGACUAAGUCAUCGAUUUAAUAGAUAUAGUUUUAUGACAAAAUAAAAUAGGCCCUAAGAUACCUAACAAUUGGUUGUGUACAAAGUUGUAAGUAUAUGGUUCGUUUUUGUGUACGGUAAAACGAGUGAGAGAAUCGAAAAAAGCUCCCUGUGCCGUCAUGUACACAGUUUUUUUAGAGCGAAAUCUCGUCAAUGGCAGCUAGUCAGACAGAUUCACGAUUGUUGAAACAUAAUAAUUAUUUCUUCACAGAUCUUGAAGCUUCUAUCUGUAUUGAGUAAGCUUCGCCAUAGUUGAUCGAUAUUUCUCUUAUAUUUUGAUAAAUGUUAAGAAGCAGAAAUAUCGUUACACUUGCGUAUCCUUGUGAAAAAUUGUAUUUAUUGUAAAAACGAUUUUUGUAUUUCUAUUGAAAAAAUGAGAAAUCUCACGAGACAAAUUGUUUUCUAAUCAUGAGAAUCCAUUUGUGAACUGAUGUAUUUCUACAAAUGUGCACAAACUCGCUCGAAUUUGUUGGGCUAGAAAAAAAAAAUUCCGUUGCUGAUAAGAUUGACUCGAGAGACCAAUUUUCUCUCUAAACAAAAACAAAAUGUUUUGUUAAUAUAAUGAUCUCGAACAUGGCAAUUUGAAUAAUUAGAUGAAAGAAAAAUACAUAUUUAUCGUUAUUUUGUCUGCCGUACAUAGAAAAAUCAUAACUAUUUUUAACAAGAUAUUGGAAAUAAAUAGCAAAAUCACAGGAUGAGUUUGCUCCUCAUGAAAAAUACCAAAUAAUUAAUUGUUAAGCCUACGUGAAUUGUAUAAAAAUUUUACAACUUUAAUUAAAAAAUCUUCACUUAGAGUUGAAUCAAGUACAUUCGACCCGAAGGAAAAUCGUUUCAGUGAUUCAUGACUACUAUACCUCAAUGAAAAACUCGCAGUAAUUAAUCUCAACUAAAUAUUUGUAAUUAGUCUGUGCUUUGUUUAGUAUUCAGUGUAUAUCAAAAUAGUUUUAUCAAUCGUAAGUAUAUUACGUGGGUCUCUCUUCUGUUGAUCGCAACGAUUUUUCUCCAAACAUCUAAUUAAGAUCUUUUAAUAAUUUUCACGAAAGAAUAAAGAAUGUAUAAGCAUGAUCGAUGAUCAUUGAUCAUCUAUAAGUGACCGAUUGCGAGUUAUUAAAAAAAAAUUUCAAGUAUGAACAACGACAUACAUGUAUAUCUCCUGACUUCAUUUUUGAAAGCAUUUAUUAGCGAGUCCGGAAUAAUCAAAAAGAAGCAUAUAACGCUGAUAAUACUCACAAUGUGGAUUUGAGAAUUAAAAAGUUUAAAGCGGCAAAAAUAGAGAAAAGAAAGAAAGUCACAGGCGUGUAUAUUAAACAUAAACAUAUUAUAGAAGUAAAUUCGCGUGCAGCAUCGAUUCGUUUUUGUAAGCAUAAUUGUAAUUGUACAUGUGAAAACGCGCAUAAGAGAUCAACGUACAGAAGCUUAUUUAUUCUAUUUUUGAACUCACUUUUGCAUACGUAAUAAGACUAACGUAGAUUUAUAGAUAAAUAAUUAUCUGAUUCAUCGUUGUGUAUAUGAAUAGAAAUUCGCGAUGGCAAAGCGACUUAUUAUAAAUACGCGUGAAAAUCACACAUUUUACCAUUGCCGUAAAUUCGACGAAAAUCAACUUAUACCUCAUAAUGAUAGACUCGUAAGUAAACAUAAUUAUUCAUUAAAACGAAAAAGCAAAAGUUGAAUCUUUUCCGUGCUGGAGUUUUCCCGAGGUGUUAUAAAAAAAAUCAUCGAGAUAUAUGUUGCACAAGUAAUGAUUUUUUUUUCAAGAGUAUCAACUCAUUGUAUAACCUUUAUGUAUACAAUUGCGCCCUCGAAGUAUCUUGAGAUAUAUUAGUGAAAUUGAUGUUUCGCGCGGGCUCGAAGGUGUGCCCCGGUUCUCCUAUACGCGCACCGAAUAAAUGACUAACGAUGUACUUUGAUAGUAUGUUGCGAAUCGAGAAUGAGAUGAACGUUUUGAAAUAUAUCAGUAGUUUAAAAACAAUCUAAUUGUAAUAAUUGAAAAAAAAAAACAAGAAAAAUCGUCAGAGUUUAUACCGGAAAAUACUCGAUAUUUCUAAAAAAGAAAAUAAUAAUAAUCAAUCCAAUAUUUAGGGUACACACAUCGAUGUAGUUUUUAUUCUCAUCGCGAGUCGUCGUCGUCGUCAAUGCGGGUCGACUAUCGCACGCAAUUGGCGACAAUUGAUUAAUCGAUCGAUUCUUCUAUCCAUAGACUGUGAAAAAAUUUUAUCCUUGUAAAUCUAGCUUCUCAAGCGGAUGAAAAGUCGACCACAAUAAGAUGAAUAUGAAGAAGAAGAAGAAAAAAAAAAUUAUAACGGUAUAAUUGUCACGGUAAAUAUGUUCCUGCUAUUGACGGGUCGCAGGAACAAUUGGUAGUAUCAUUGAAAAAAAAUAAAUAAAGCUCCUCGUGAAUAUCUUCCUAAUUGUUCGAGACAACCAACAAUAAAAUGUCGAUCGUCGGUAACAUUGUCAAAUAGUUAUAAAUUCUUUUUUUUCAUAAAUAAUCAAAUCGAUGCUGUCCAAAAGAGUGCUCAAAUUAAGUGAGAUGUAAGUUAUAUGAUUGUUGAUACAAAAAAUGGAAUUUUAGACUCGCUUUUCAAGCUUUGCUAUUUUAAUUUGCUAUUGGCUUGAUUGUGCCCGAGUUGGAUAAUGUUUAUUUGAUUAAACAAAAUGAUACACGCUCGAGAAAAGAAAAUAUCUCCACAAAUUUCAUGUACUUAUGAUUAAGUUUAUGUUAGAGAAGCAUAUGGCAACGUGUCAUAAAGUAUGCGUUAUUUUGGAAUCUCGAUAAAACGAGAAUUGCCAAAUAGCUAUUUGUAUGUUGUUUUUUUUUCUUACGAUAUGUAUUUUUUAAACGAACGUCAUAGAACGAUUCGAUGUGUUUUUAUUUGCUUGUAUUUAUAAUCAAUCGUGUAAGUGUUACUCAAAGAAGUCGAUCGAUGUGAAAUAAUUUUAUAAUGGAUUACGCGAGCGCUGAAAAAUUUUUUUUUUACACUGCGAUACACAUAAACGCGACAGCGCUCAAAAGUACGAUAUAGAAAAGAGAAAAGAAAAAAUAUAACAGCCGAGUUAUUAAUGCAUAAAUGAAUUUGAUAUUCUCAUCCCAGGACCGUGUACAUUUUUUUUUCCUGAAAACGGUAUAUCCUAGGCGAUACUCGAGCGUACUCGGCUGAGCAGCGAUAUUUGUUGAGAAUAACGUUACUGAGAAAAA